GCUGAAGACGCAGUCCUGAAGAUUGAUGGAGGGCCAUGCUAUUCAAACAGCAGGCGUUGCUGAGACAGAAGCUCUUCUUGUUGGGCAGCCUUGCUAUUGGGAGUCUCCUCUAUCUAGUGGCCAGGGUUGGGAGCUUGGAUAGGCUGCAGCCUAUUUGCCCCAUAGAGAGCAGACUGGGCCCUCCUCACCUGCCAGAGCAGUUCCCUCUCCGGACCCUGCAGUAUAAGCGUGGUCUGCUCCACGAGAUCCGCAAGGGCAAUGCCACCAAAGAGCAGAUCCGCCUGCACAACCUGGUGCAGCAGCUGCCCCGGGCCAUCAUCAUCGGAGUGCGCAAGGGCGGCACGCGCGCCCUGCUGGAGAUGCUCAACCUGCACCCGGCUGUGGUCAAGGCCUCGCAGGAGAUCCACUUCUUUGACAACGAACAGAACUACGCCCGGGGCAUCGACUGGUACCGGGAGAAGAUGCCCUUCUCCUUCCUCCACCAGAUCACUAUUGAGAAGAGCCCCGCCUACUUCAUCACAGAGGAGGUCCCCGAACGCAUCUUCAAGAUGAACUCCUCCAUCAAGCUGUUGAUUAUUGUGCGUGAGCCCACCACCAGAGCUGUGUCCGACUACACACAGGUGCUGGAGGGCAAGGAGCGUAAGAAUAAGACCUACCACAAGUUUGAGAAGCUGGCCAUCGACGGAAACACGUGUGAUGUGAACACAAAGUAUAAGGCGGUACGGACCAGCAUUUACACCAAGCACUUGGAGCGCUGGCUGAAGUUCUUCCCCGUGGAACAUUUUCACAUUGUGGACGGCGACCGUCUGAUCACAGACCCGCUGCCUGAGCUGCAGCUCGUCGAGCGCUUCCUCAACCUCCCCUCCAGGAUCAGCCGGUAUAACCUGUAUUUCAAUGCCACCAGGGGAUUCUACUGCCUGCGAUUUAACAAUGUCUUCAACAAGUGCCUGGCAGGCAGCAAGGGGCGCAUCCACCCUGAGGUGGACCCCUCAGUGGUGGCCAAACUGAGGAAGUUCUUCCACCCCUUCAAUCAGAAGUUUUAUCAGAUUACUGGGAGGACGUUCAACUGGCCCUGAGAAACUAAGGGAAGGUCAUGACCUAUUUGAACUUCUUAACUGAAGUUGUUCUGUUGGCAUUUUCAAGAUGUCAACCACAACAAUAUUAAAGGAUAUUAAAAGCACUUUGGUUGAAUUUAAUACGUCGAGGAGAGUGGGGUAAGUCGAGCCGAAGGGUUAGUUGAGCUACUCCUUGUUUCUAGGAAACCAUAUACAAAAUGUACCAUGUGACCAAAUAUUAAGGAAGAGGUCGUCAUUUCAUGGAGUCUAUGAAGAAAAAAACACAUGGACAAAGUGGUAAGCAAAUUAGGGCAAAUGAAUGUAUUGUGUUAUAGGUUUCAUGCGGCUUGUAUCUAAACCAAGGUAGAUUGUUUUGUAUAUCAGUUGGGGUCUCUAUAAGCUACAAUAUGAGGUCCUAAACCUAGCAUGAAAGCGCAUACUUGUACCUGUGUGGGCUAAUAUAGUAUAAAUGUUUGCCUUGGGGUAAAUUGAGCCAAUGGCCACCAUACCCCAUACAGAUUAUGAUUACAUUUAGUCAGGUUUAUGCAUAAUAUGCAUAGUUUUUUUGCAAUGUGUCAUGCAUAUGAACUCAAUAUACUGCAUUUGUAUUGUUAUAGAGCAAACCUAAUCAUUCCCUGUGUAUACAAAUGUAAAACAUGCAGGGAUCUAGCCCCCCUUUAGGUUCUUGAGAGAGCAACCAAGGAAGUGAGAGAAGGGAAAAAGUCCAUUCCAGAAGCACCAAGGGAUGAAAAAAUGUACUGAAUGACGCUGAGGUACAUUGCCAAAAAUGAAAACAAACAUGUACCUGUGUGAAAGAGAGGCUGUGACAGAGUAGCAGAGACGCACAAGGUCUUAUCUGAUGACAUGGAGUCUGAGUUGUAUAAAGAGAGGCUGUGAUAGAGUAGCAGAGUCACACAAGGUCUUAUCUGAUGACAUGGAGUCUGAGCUAAACAUAUCCAGAAUAUCGCAGACCAGCUUCAUGGGCUUAGUAGCCUCAAAUGCAGUGAACUUGCCUACGAAUUGGCACAUCGAAACAAUAUCACUGUCCCAGACAACUUGUCAAGAAAUGCAAGGGUAAGUCAUAUUUAACAGAUCCAUCUAUAUCUGAAUAUAGGCAUACAUUUGAAAUUUACAGUACAAUAUACCUCACCCACAUUCCAUGAAUUAAACUUUGACCAACCAGCACCAUCACCCACUGUCACAGGGCACCUACACCGAUUUACCCCAAGGUGGCUCAACCUUUUCCCUAUGCUCAAUUUACUCUGGGAUAAGUUGUGCAAAGAGACCAAUUUUGUUUUUGACAAACUAUGUUUUUAAAACUGUUAUGUUUACAUGAAUUGUGAUUAUUUCCAGGGAUACACAACAUCCUGAAAUAUAUGUAGAUAUCUUUGUUAAAAAUAAUACUAUAUUGCCGUAGUGAGGCUGAAUGUAAAAAUGGCUCAACAUACCCCACUCUCCCCUGUGAGAAUGACAAUGUGACCAAAAUCUGGAAUGGAAUCAAUGUAUGUUUGUUUCUUAAUAUGUAAGGGGGCAUAAGACGAUAAAGGGUUUGAGAGUUGUGUGAUUACAAAACAAUUCAGUUUAAUGCACCUGAUCUUUCUUCAUAAUAAUUCACCUGUCUGACACUUGUGCCCGUUAUAAACUCUGCAUUUUGCCAUCAUCUCAGCCAAUAUUGAAUGAAGGGUAUACUACAGUGAGCGAUAAACAUGAGAUUAUGUUAAGUGAACAUGUGGAUUUUAAAAGACGAAUUGUCAGUCAACAACACAUACAUUUAACAUAUUUAAAGGCUAUAUAUAUGUGGCAAUGUUUCAUAUAAAAACAACCUUGACAAAGACGUAGGCUUACAUGUUCUUGCAAUUCUAAGUGUGAUAGUCUUGCAUUUAUUACAGUCCUCUCAUUUUGGUUUUGCUUUUCUCCUGCAUGUGUAUUGAACAUACAAUUGACAAAGCAUGGGCUCUCUAACGUAGUUUUGUGUUAUUUCAUUUAUUCCAGUAUCAUUCUUUAAAUAUGUGCUACUUUUAUUUGUUUCUAUGUUGUUUUUAGGUAGUUUCAUUUUUCUCAAACUACGAUGACGUACUUGUAUCCCCAAUAUAACCCAUAAAUCUGUAGAUGGGUAGGAGAUUCUCAUGAGGGAAUGGGAACAUACAUUUCUCAUAAAAUUCUGACUCCGAUGAUGUCCUCAUACAUCAAGCAUUUAAAUGUUGAAUAAGAGAUUUAAGUGGUAACUUUGUUCUCGUUCUUUUUCUCCAGUAUUAAUAACAUGUUUGUCAUUCCCCUUGGUGAAAAGCCACAGUAAAAAAAGUAAUUUGUUAGUUACUGUCAAACCAUCUAAUGCUUAUUCUACUACAAUUAACAUAUUUGUCUUAUGUGCAAAUAGCCAUCCUGUAUCAUAAGUGUGUUGUUCUGUAACAAAAAAUUAUUGAAUUAAAAU